CUGGGUUGGACUUAAUAACCCCCAGAUUUCUGAUCGUUCAACAACAGGAAGGGAUUGCUUUUUUUUUGUUCUUGUUGGUUUCCCAGUUACGUUUUUGACAAACGGUGGGUUCUUUUUGUUACUACUAUGGCUACUGCCACGACAAGAGUUUCGGGAGCGGGAUACCCAGGCGCCGAAGAUGUCUUUGUAGAAAUAACGGACCCUCAAACUGGCAAGACAUUUUUUGCCAACAUUGCGACGGGGGAAUGUUGUUGGGAACGACCGAGACAUGCUCGUGUGAAGCCAAAGGAUGAAUCGGGUAUCGAGUGGUGGGAACUCUUUGAUGAUCAUCACAAGUUGCCCUAUUACUACAAUACCAAGACGGGAGAAACGGAAUGGCUUCGACCGACUGUGGGGACAAUCAUCCCACUGACAGCUAUACAGAACUCUUCCAUCGGAAAGCGCGUUUCCGUUCUCGUACAACAAGCUUCCAUCGCCAAUUCUUUUGCUGGCACGUCCUUGUUGGGUGCUGCAUCACUGGCUGCCGAUAGCCCUAUGCGCUACAUGUCAAAUUCACCGCCCCAGCGAUCCAUACCCGAGGAACCUGUAUACCCCAGGCCAACAACCCGCUCAGGCUCCCAUCCAGAUAUCAGUACGACCCAGCAAUACUCUCCGCUCGCCUCACCGAAUAUGAGACAAAGCAACUCGUCAAAGAAUUUGUCUCAGUCACCUCCUAUAUCGGCUAGCGGGAAUCGCACAUCGCUUACUCAGUCAUCUUCCAUGCAUAGUCUUCGUGAUGCGGCAGCAAGGGCGCGUACCUAUGGGAUUAGUACACCGGUUUUGAACCCAGAAGCAGCAGCAUCAAUGAGUCCAUUGAAUAGUCCAAUAAAUGCAAAGAUACAAUCCAGUCCCGAGCUACAAUCUCCUAUCAAUGAGGGAAAAGCCCUCCCAAAAGACUUGAAAGCGCAACUAAGCCAGUUUCGGAUAGAAGGAUUUGCGACAAAGUACUUUUCAGAACAUAGAAAGGGAAUAUUUUUCCGACGAAGAGUCCCUGUUGAAAAGAUGUUGGUGUACCAAAAGGAGCCUCUGAAAGCCCCAUUAAUGGUCUUGAACAAGGACUUGCACAAGGAUGCACUAAAAUGCUUCAAGCUCAUACAAAAAAUAAUGAAAUCCGACCCUGCCGCUGCGGUAACAGAUACACAUACACUACUGGAAAAAGGGAUUGCCCAUGGUGGCCUUCGAGAUGAGAUUUACGUGCAGAUCUGCAAGCAAUUGAAAAACAAUCCCGAUGGAGAAAGCGUAUACAGAGGCUGGAUACUCAUCUCAGUAGUCACCAUCGCCUUUCCUCCUUCCAAAAACUUUGAAGAUUACCUCAAAAACUUUGUUCAACAGCAUCAAGGAAGCACGGCUGGAAAAGUCGCCAUGGUCGUGCAACACUGUUGGAAAAAGCUGUUAAGAAUCUGUAAAACGGGGCCACGCGGGAAAACCCCCACCACGGCCGAAAUCCAACGGGCUCAGGAGGCACCCUUUACUCAAUCCCUGUUUGGAGAGCCUUUGGAGGAUAUUAUGAAAACGGAACUGGAAAAGAACCCCCACGCGAGUCUCCCUCGUAUUCUCCCGUUCCUAGCAGAUGCAAUUAUCCAUUUGAAUGGAUGCAGAGCAGAGGGGAUCUUUCGUGUACCGGGUGAUGCGGACGCCGUGACUGAAUUGCGCAUGCGGGUGGAAAAGGGAGAUUAUUCCGUGAUGGGAAUCUCAGACCCGAACGUACCAAGUUCUCUCUUAAAGCUCUGGCUACGAGAUCUUGCAGACCCUCUCAUCCCUUCAGAAUUUUAUUCGAGCUGCAUACAGGUUGGACAAGAAGAAUCUCGAAUACCCCUUUCCCAAUCCGGUCCCGCUGCACUACGUAUUAUAUCAAGUCUCCCAGAAAUCAAUCAACGCGUCGUCAACUACAUGAUCAACUUUUUGCGAGUCAUUGCCGAACCACAGAACCAACCCUUCACCAAAAUGACCAUCAGCAACCUUGCCAUGGUUUUUGCGCCAAAUUUCUUGCGGUGUCCGAGUGAUAACCCAACUGUUAUCUUUGAGAGUACAAAGUUCGAACAAGCCUUCCUCCGAAUCCUUAUAUCAUACGUGCAAGAAAAGUAGAGUAAACGCUCACAGUAUUAUGGUUAUUUCCUAGAUGAAAUAAAAUUGUUUUUUUGUUGCCAGUGUGUUGGACUGGGUUUGGUAUUUUUUUUGUAACUAUGAUAAAAAAAAAGGAUUUCAUAACCAACA